ACCAAUCGUGUAAGACCACGAUCGCAAUGGCGGCGUGGCUGAACAAUUUUGCGUUAUCGGGUGGUUAAGUAGUGGUUUCUAAAACCAGCAGGUCGGUUUUCUUAUUUAUUGAAGCGUUCAUAUCACAGUGUUUCAAACAUUUGUUCAGUCAUGUACCACUGCGGUAUAUUAUUGGUCUUAUUAGAUCUGUCUUUGGAUGUGGUUGGAAGUGUUUCACAGUUAGAAAUUGACAGACAUUUGGAAUUAGGUAGAGAAUUUUUGGCAAAGGGACAGUUGCAAGAUGCAUUGUCACAUUAUCAUGCUGCUAUUGAGGGAGAUCCGAAUAAUUAUUUGACAUAUUAUAAGAGGGGUACUGUAUAUCUAGCAUUAGGUAAAGCUAAAUUUGCACUUCUUGAUCUUGACAAAGUUUUGGAGUUGAAGCCUGAUUUUACAUCUGCAAGAUUACAACGUGGCAAUGUAUUGCUUAAACAAGCUGAAUUCAGCAGAGCAGAUGCUGAUUUUCGAGAUGUGCUAGCAGUUGAACCAUAUAAUACAGAUGCCUUAAAUUCUUUGUAUAAAAUAGCACCUGUAGAAGAAGAUUUAAAACUUGUAGACAGAUUAAUGAAAAACAAGGAUUACACAACAGCUGCACAACUACUUACUAAAAUUAUUGAAGUGUGUCCAUGGUCGGCUGAGUUAAGAGAAAAAAGAGCCGAAUGUUAUGAAGCACUUGAAAAUUAUGUUAGUGCCAUCUCUGAUAUUCGUUCUACCACUAAAUUACAAUCUGACAAUACGCAGGGAUUUUUAAAGUUAGCAACUUUACAAUAUCGCAUUGGACAAGUAGAUGAAUCAUUAAAGGAAAUUCGAGAAUGUUUGAAACUUGAUCCAGAUCAUCCAAAAUGUUUUGCACUUUACAAGAAAGUUAAAAAAAUAGCAAAACUGUUAACAGAUGCACAGUCAUCUGAAGACGCAAGAGAUUAUGACAGGUGUAUAGAAAAUGCACAGUCUGUACUUAAACUGGAACCAAAUGUACCCAAUGUACGUUUUAUUGUUCACCAACUGUUAUGUAAGUGCUAUACUGGCAGUACAGAAUCAAGUCAAGCAAUCAAACAUUGUCAAGAGGCAUUAAAAAUACGAAAGGAACCAGGAGUAUAUUGUGAUAGUGCAGAAGCAUAUCUAUCUGCCGAAAUGUUCGACGAUGCAAUAAGAGAUUUCAAAGAAGCAUUGGAAAUUGAUCCAAGCCUACAAAGGGCCAAACAAGGUCUCCACAAAGCACAACAACGACAAAAACUUUCAGAGUCGCGAGAUUAUUAUAAAAUCCUAGGUGUGCCAAGGACAGCAUCGAAACGUGAUAUUAUUAAAGCGUACCGAAAGGCCGCACAAAAGUGGCAUCCUGAUAACUUUCAGGAGGGAGAGGAAAAGAAACGUGCAGAGAAAAGAUUUAUCGACAUUGCAGCUGCCAAAGAAGUAUUGACUGACGAUGAGAAAAGGGCAAAAUUCGACCAAGGAGAAGAUCCGUUAGAUCCUGAAUCGGGGAAGCAUCCGCAAGGUUUCAAUCCCUUCCAAGAAUUCCAUCACUUCCAUGGUUCUCCCUUCCAGUUUAAGUUCCAUUUCAAUUAGCCAUCUCUUCAUCUUCACGGCAAUUAGCCCAAGUUAAAUUCCGAAAUUUUCAUAGUGUCGCUUCGUAUGUGACACGAUUUUUGCUACCUUAGCUGGAAUUUCAUUUUGCUAAUCUACCUCGUCGGUAGUCAUACGUCUUGCAUCUGCAUGGAAUUAAAAGACUGUCAAUCAAUCAGUAAGUCAAGAGAGACCAAUAAAUAACUGAAAUGUAUCUUACAUACAUUAUUAGAAAUUGUAUUGAGCGAACGAGGUUAUGAUCUUAUUAUUUUUCAGUUGGCAACUUGAUAAUGUGACUAUUGAAAUUUUAUAUACAGAGACACGUAAAAUAGAGUAUUACAGUAUUUCUGUUGUAUUGGAAGAUACAAAGGAAAAGGUUCAAGAAGUGUAAUAUUGGACAGAUUAUGUUUUUAAAGAUUAUAGGUUAGAGUUUUCAUUUUUCAUUAGGUUUAAACCCAAAUAACUCUUCUGAUAUUGUGUUUGUUUCUUAAUGUUUCCCGGAGUCUAAUAGUCCUGGAUAUCUGAAUGCAUGAAAUAAAUACAAAUAAUAUUUAUGAUAUUUAUUAAUAUUUAUUUCAUCAAUCUGAGUCAUGUGCAAUAUUUGUCAGGAUUACAAAGCAAGCAUUCACAAUGAACAUAUUUAAAAUCUAUUUUUGGUCUUUGUACUUUUGAAUACAACAGAAAUAUUUUUCAGGAAAGUAUACAUAGUGUACAUAAUCGGUAUGAUCGCGUGCAACUUAGAUUUUCCUUAAUUAAAAGAAGGUGUAGGAGAAAGUGUCAUACCACCUGUUCUAAUUGUCCUUCGAGAAAGGAAAUUUUAGGCUAAGUAAUGUCACGAGUAGAAGUCUCUUAGACUUAUUUUUAACGAAGAGAAAUCUGUUGCAUUCGAAUGUACGAUGGGGAGCAUUUUUCACUUCCCCCAGGAAAAAAUGGCGACGUAGGGAAAAGCCCCAACACUAACCAUAAUACUCAAAAGUUAUCACAAAAGUCAUUUCGUUGUAUCGCCUCGCAGUAUAUACUCUCGUGUUAUAUUGCCACAAUAAUAAAUUGAUCUGAUUAAACAUAAAAAGUGGUCACUGAGAUUUGAGUAUUAUAGCUAGUGGGUCUUCUUCCCACAAGGCUUAUAUUAUUGCAAUGUUAGCUUUGUGCUUCUUCCUCUACAUCUCCAUUGUUCCUCAGGAAAAACUCCACCAGUGUACACAUAUUUCUAAUAAUUUGUAUCAAAUGAUCAUAAUUUCAAUUGACUUACUGAGAAGAAUUAAACGGAAAAACAUAGUUGAUGCAGACUGAACGUAAACAAACGAUUUCCAAUGACGCGCAUAAUUUUUUUGUAUAAAUUUCGAUACACGGCACGGAAGUCGUAACUUAAAUUCUUACAAUUUAGCAAACAAACCGUAGGAUGUAUGGCGGUGACACUGCCAUUGAGUGUUACGGCGGGCUGUGGAUCAUUGAGUUUAGCUUGAAAUUGUACGAUGAAUUAGAUCGAAUUAUAAAUAUAACGAAAGUCAUUUGCGAUCAUUGUCAUCGAGUACAGUCUCGCUAUUUAGGUACGAAUAAUGCGGUAUAAUCACCACGCUGUGGACUGUAUUGGAUGAUGGUAAACAUAGGACAGUGUGCGUGUUGCGUUUGCAUGAGUGUGAGAGAAUUUUAUGUAAAUACUGUAUCUCUAACAUUUGUUUAAAUAUAUUUGAAUAAUUUAUACAUA